AUGACAGACCUGGUCAUCUUCGACUUCGACGGCACAAUCUUCGACACCCGCGAAGCAAUCCAACAUGCAGCAACCCUAACCUUCACCACUCUCCUCCCCACCCACGAAAUCCCCCGCUCCAAAGCCCGCCGGCUGAUGUCCACCGGCGCCGGCCUCCCAGAGACCUUCCUUGCCCUCCACCCAGACCCCGCAACCUUCGACGAGGAAACAUGGGUCACGACCUACCGCUCCCUCUACGCGACGCACGAGGAGAAAUUCACCAGCCCGUUCCCGGGUCUGCGAGAACUUCUAGCGGGGCUUCAGUCGCGACGGAUCCCCAUCGCGAUCGUGAGCAACAAGGCGGUCCCCGCGAUCAAGGCGGCGUUGGAGCGAACGGGGGUAUUGGAGUUCGUCCCCGAGACGCUCAUCAUCGGAGAUCGGACGCCGGGGUCGAAGAGGAAGCCGGACCCGUCGAGUUUCACGGAGGUGCUGGUGCCGAGGUUGAAGACGUUAUACGGGGAGGGGUUCGAGCUGGACGCGGCCAAGGUGCUUAUGGUUGGCGAUACGAUUACGGAUCUCAAGUAUGCGCGCAAUAUCGGGGCGAGGGUAUGUUGGUGUCGGUUUGGGCAGGGCGACAAGGAGGAAUGCGAAGCGUUCAAGGCGGAUUAUGCGGUGGAUUCGUUGGCUGAGGUUCUUGAUAUCGCAGUGAAGGAAUAA